AUGAGGGUCUUAAGCUAUGUGUGGAAGAGAAUCUCCCAAAGUAAAGCCUUGGAGCUCGCCGGUCCACUUGAGACUGCCUUCUUCGCAUCCGUUUAUCGACUUUCUUUCGUUGUAGGUUUGUCCACAUCAGACGACUAUCUUCUUUACACCGCGUACAGCAGUUUCAUAAGAAUAAUAUCUGCUCUUGUAGUCUGGUUUGAGAUCUGGAGUGUUCUUGGAAACAAUGAUGUGAGCCUGGACCAGAUCAUAUCCAGCGUGAACGUCAUCUUUAUACAUUUGGUCACUUUUUGGAAACUUGUGACCAUGGUAAAAAACAAGAGAGUCUUCAAGAAACUAGCCAAGGCUUUGGAAUCUUCAAGUUUCGACAUGUCUACUCAGAGGAGGAAGCGUAUUGUCAACUAUUGGGUUCUAAUUAAUAAUAAGUACUUGAAAGUGGUACUUACGCUGGGUUGUUUAACUCUGAUUGUUUGGGAACUGUACCCAAUGAUAGACGAGUUAAAGUUCAAUUUGAUGGUAGACGUAAAACUCCCUUUUGAGUACCAAAGUCUGCUGACCUAUAUGGCAACAUAUACAGCAGUGGCCAUCAUGUUCGCAUAUGCAUCACUCAUGGUGAUCAUAUCCGAGGUGAUCGUGCAAGCUCACCUAAUACGCCUCAUCUGCCAGUUCGAUGUACUCGCUGACUGCUUUGAGAAUAUCUUUGAAGAGUGCGCUGAGGAAUUUCCAGAUUUGAACAAACACGAGCUUGUAAAAGAUGCGUCUUUCGUUGAUAAAUACGUAAAGAGACUUGGCGAUCUAGUGACACAACAUCGAGAGAUUUUGGAUCAAACGAAUGAUCUGAGGACAAUACUAAGCGCUCCGUUGCUGGGACAGUUGGCUUGCAGUGGUCUGCUCAUCUGCUUCGUAGGGUAUCAAGCUACGGCUACUAUUGCGGAGAAUUUGGGAAAAUUUGUCAUGAGUCUUCUCUAUUUGGGCUACAACAUGUUUACCUGGUACCUCAUGUGCCGAUGGUGUGAGGAAAUUACUAUUAAGUUGGUGAAGGCUUCAUAUAGUGCGCUGAAUAUUCUUCUAACGAUGAGUCACGAGUGA